AUGGCAGAUUUUGGGUUCCUGUCAGACACGGAUGACUCAGCAGUAGACGAACUCAUAUCACAAACACAAGAACUCUGUGUCCUUGAACAAGUUUCUAAAAUCAAUUGUUCUGGUUUCACUGACGCACUCCUUCCUAAUGAUUUAGAAACCCGUUUUCACAAACUAAAAUCCUUCCCUCUCACUAAAUCCAAAACCCCAACUACCAAUAAAUCCCUUUCCAAGUCUAACACUGAUUUGAACAACAUUUCAAUGAAGGGCAAAAGAGAUGAUGGUGGCUCUUUUUCUGAUUCUGAAAAAGGUGAAAACUUUUCGCGUAAGAAGCAAGACCCUGAUGGGAAAAUGGGAUCUCCGAAGGGUAAAAAGGAGGUUUUUAUGGAUGACAAAGAAAACCCAGAAGAGAAAGUGGGUUUAGAGAAGGAACUGAAAAGCGCGUAUGUUUCUUCUUCUCCUUCAAAAUCUUCUGUAGAGGAAGAUAUUUUUACUCCUAAGAAAGAAAACCCAGAUGGGAAAGGUAGUUUAAAGAAGAACUAUUUACACGGGUCAGAUUAUUCUAACUCGCUGGUGGAAGAUGCGAUUUCCUCACCAUCCAAACAGAAAUCAGAGAAGAAAUCAAAAUCUGGGUCUUCCAACUCAUCAAAUUCAUUCAUGGAUUGGCCUUCUCCUCCUAAAAAGAGUGGCUGUUUUUGGUGUUCUCCUAAAAGGGUAACAAAGAAGCAAAACAAGGAAAAUUUGAAUCUUGAUUGGGGAAACAAUAAUGUUGAUGAGUUUUUGUCUGAUUUGAGUACUUUUUCAGUGAAAGAGCAGCAGAAAAGACUAAAGCAGGCAAUGAAAGAGCAAGAGAAGAUGAGUAAGGAGGCAGAGAAGAUUGUAAAGUGGGCAAAACAGGCAUCUGCUAGAAUGAGUUUUCAUGGUAUUGAUGAUGAGCUAAGUGAUGAUGAGAUUGCUAAAUGA